AUGCAAGAAAACAUAAAGGAAAGAAUUUCAGUUCUAUACGAAGAACAUAAAUAUCUUAUUGACUCUUUCUUUCUUCCAGAGGAUAUGAAAGAUAAUUUUAUGAAAGUACUCAGAAAAAAAAUAAAAGAUAAUGCAUCUUGGACAUAUGCUCUUUCUAAUUUAGCACGUUAUCUUAACAAGUGCUUUAAAAAGAGUUCCAUUAUUCUAAUCGAUGAAUACGAUUGGCCUAUGGAAAAUGCAAGAGGAUUUUAUGAUAAUAUUCACAAUUUUUUUAAAACGAUGUACUCAAGUAUAGCUAAGAAAAAUAAGUAUGUGCAUAAGAUCCUAUUUAUUGGAACUCUUCCACUAGGACAAUCAAGCUUUCUUUUCAGAUUAAACAAUGUAGUGGCCUAUCCAAUGCAUGAAAAACCAAACCAUUCUGGCCAUACUAUUUUCUCUGAUACAUUUGGAUUUACUGAAAAAGGAAAUUAA